ACUGUAGAUACUGCAGCAGAUCGCUAAUAACAAAGUUUGUUAAUCUAUAGAUCUGCUGUUAUUUAAAAAAAUAUAAUAUUAAUUCACUUGUUUUUAUUUAUUUGUGAGACGUUUGUUGUUUUCUUCACUUUUACUUUCAGAUUAUAUAUUAAUUUCUCACUUUUUUUUUAUAACGUCCCUCAGCUUUCCCAGUCUUGAUUCAGCAUUUUCAAUCUGCUCAAAGGUUGUUUUCAGCGUGUCGUCGGCUCAUUUCCAGCAGGAACUCCUCACAUUUCAGAUUGUUUUACCAGACAGCUUUUAGAGGAUAAAUCUUCAGGUUUAAUGAUGAGUAAGAAGCUGCUGGUGGAUGUGGACUGUGGCGUGGACGACGCUCAGGCCAUCAUGUUGGCGCUGGCCGCCCCUCGUGUGAAGGUCCUGGGGGUCACCUGCGUGCACGGAAACACGGCGGUGGAGCACGUGUGCAGGAACGCCCUGAGAGUUCUGCAGGCCUGCAACAAGCUAAAGGAGAUCCCAGUGUUUAAAGGAGCUAGUAAACCUUUGGUUGGAAGCCGCAUCAAUGCAGGACACUUCCACGGUCAGGACGGGCUGGGAGACGCUCCUGACCCAAACGCUCCUGGUCUGGACCUCCUUCAGAAGGAGAACGCGGUGUCGGCUAUGAUCAGGAUCAUUAAUGAGAAUCCAGGAGAGGUGUCUCUGGUCGCUACAGCUCCUCUCACCAACUUGGCUCUGGCCGUGAGGAUGGAGCCGUCUCUGCCAAGCAAACUCAGAGGGCUUUACAUCAUGGGAGGAAACACGGAGUCUCGAGGAAACACUUCAGUAUGUGGGGAGUUUAAUUUCACCGCAGAUCCAGAAGCUGCGUACAUCGUGCUGAAUGAAUACCAGUGUCCCACCUACUUGGCCUGCUGGGAGUUCACCUGCCACAACAAGCUAUCCUGGGAGUUCUGUGACACCUGGUUGGCGCAGGACAGCCACAAAGCUCGCUUCAUGUCUCAAAUUUUCCAGCACAGCAUUGAAGCGGCAAAAACAGAACGCUUCCAGAAAGAGUGUGUCGCUGGUGCAGGCUUCAUCUCCUGUGACUCGUACGCCAUGGCGGCCGCUCUAGAUGAUUCGUUCAUCAUAGAAAGCGACUGUUACCCAGUCAGCGUGGAGCUGACGGGGACUCACACCAGAGGAAUGAUGGUGGUGGACACUGUGGGGUUUCUGAAGAAGACUCACAAGGCUUUUAUCAUGAAGAAGGUGGACCUGGAGAGGUUUAAGCAGAUGAUGAUGGCUGCUUUGAAGUAACUGGACUUAAUUAGAUAUUAUUUCUACUCUGGUUACGUCCACGGCUAUAAGAUGAAUUUACUACAUUCACUUUCAUCUUUGUGAUGUUGAAAAACGUAACAAAGCAAUGGAAAUUUUUACUUUGUUCAUUUAUUAACAUUUUUUCUAUCCAUACACCACACACAUCCAUCCAGAAUAAACCUUUCCUUAAAAAUA